AUGGCCUUCCUGGUGUCCGGGACACUGCGGGUGGCCGCUCAGAUAGCAGAUGCUCAAGACAGCCUGGGAAGAAAGGGGAAGUACAGCGUGCAGGGGCCAAGGGUGGCCUUGACACUCAGCAGCCCUGAGGUAUCGGUCUCUACAGUGGCUCUCCUGGAGAGUGUGUUCCAGACCCUGGGCUUUGAGAGCCGCCAGAGGAGGGAGGCCUCGGUCCAGGACUUCCUUGAGGAGCUGACUGGGUUCCGGGAGCAGCUGGAUGCCCACAGGGCCCCUAUGGGCUGUGUCCUAGUGGCCUUGGUGGCCCCCAAUGGGCAGCUGAGGCAGCCACAGAAGUUGGUUCGGGAGCUGAGUGGCUGUGAGGCCCUGCGGGGCUGCCCCAAAGUCUUCCUGCUGCUCUCAAGUGCUCCUGGGGCUUCCCCCAAGCCCGGGACCUUCCUCACUGGCUUGAGUGAACUCUGUGGCCGCUGUCCUCACUGGUCCCUGCUGCAGCUGCUGACAGAGGUCUUCGGCAGGACAGCUGGAGAGUCCUCGGGGGCCACCUACUGCCCAGUCCUUCAGAGCUCCUUGCGGGGGGCGCUGUGCCUGGGGGACGUGGAGCCCUGGGGGCCUGAGCCAGAACCCAGCCCCAGUGCUCAGUAUGACCUGUCUGGAGACAGGGCUGCCCUCUUCCUAGCCGUGAUCCGGGACCGGCCUGGGGCCCAGCGUGAUGUGGAGGCACUGGGGGGCCUGUGCCAGACCCUGGGCUUUGAGACCACCCUGAGGACAGACCCUACAGCCCAGGCUUUCCAGGAGGAGCUGGCCCAGUUCCAGGAGCGGCUGGACACCCGCAGGAGCCCCGUGAGCUGUGCCCUUGUGGCCCUGAUGGCUCAUGGGGGACCUCAGGGGCAGUUGCUGGGGGCUGAUGGGCAAGAAGUGCAGCCAGAGGCCCUGGUGCAGGAGCUGAGCCGCUGCAGGGCCCUGCGGGGCUGUCCCAAGAUCUUCCUGCUUCAGGCUUGCCGUGGUGGACACAGGGAUGCGGGCAUGGGGCCCACAGCUCUCCCCUGGUUCUGGCGCUGGCUGCGGGCCCCACCAGCCACCCCCUCCCACGCUGAUGUCCUUCAGAUCUAUGCAGAUGCCCAAGGCAGCUCCUCCGGGGGCUUCACGCCAGGGAGCUGUGACCAAGCAGACAUCCUAAGGGUCUAUGCAGCAGCCGAGGGCUGUGUAGCCUAUCGGGAUGAGAAGGGUUCCGACUUUAUCCAGACACUGGUGGAGGUCCUCAGAGCUACCCCCGAGGGAGACCUCCUGGAGCUGCUGACUGAGGUCAAUCGGCAGGUGUGUGAGCUGGAUGUGCGGGGUCCCGACUGCAGUGAGCGCCGCAAGGCCUGCCUGGAGAUCCGCAGCUCCCUGAGGCGCCGGCUCUGCCUGCAGGCCUGACUGCAGCCACCCAGUUGUGCUGACAGAGUGGCCACA